GUGAAGGAGACAGACCGUAUCUAUCUGAUUGCUUUCCGCAGUCAGAGCCACCGCAGUCUGAAUCCAAAACUUGAUUCUUGCAGAUAUUUUGUUUGCAGGUUUCACAGAUAGAGAAGAAGAUCUUGAAUAAGAAUGUGGAACGGUUUCCCAUUCUCGUGCUGCCGCAAGGCAAGCCUACCGGAUGAAGAGUCAUCAACUGGGGCCCAUCGCCCUGCUGUCCAGGACAGCGUGACCGGAAGAUCUGGUGAGAGACGAUCGCUCCUCUGGUGCUUUAGACGCCUUAUGACCAAACGGAGACAACCCAAAGCUGGCCAAACCAAUGUCACCCACCUCGUCAAUGACAGCCUAAAGAGUUCCCUGUCGUGCGUUGACUUAACAAACUUCACCCAGGCCACAGAUAAUACUUUUGGGAAGAGAUCUGCGUCUCCAAAAUGCCAGAUGGUGCGGGCAACCACCAGCGAGCUCCUAAGCAAUCUUGGGGAGUUCAUAUGCCGGAGAUGUGACAAGAUGAAGAAUCUGUCACCAACAAACAUCAUUUCAUGGAUGACAUAUAUAGACAAGCUUCUCACUGGAUGGGAACAGCCAGUAGGCUUUCUUACCCCAGGCAAUGUCGUCUUUCUAUACAUGCUCUGCCGAGAAGUCAUUUCAUCAGAGCUGGACAACGAGCAAGAACUACAGGCACAUAUGUCAACAUGCCUGUACCUGGCUUUCACAUACAUGGGCAGUGAGACCACCUACCCACUGAGGCCUUUCCUGGUCGAAAGCUCAAAGGAGGCCUUCUGGAGCCGUUGCCUCUCUGUGAUUAACCAGAUGAGCUCAAAGAUGCUGCGCAUCAAUGCCGACCUUGAAUAUUUCACAGAGGUCUUUAAUGAUCUCAGAGCUGAGGGUGGACAGGAGAACACAAAUAUGGCUUAAACAUCAUGUCCAUCCAAGCUGUCAGAAUAUGGAUGACGUCACCUUGGCCUAUAUCACCUGACUUUAAACCAGCUAUGGAAGAGAAGUCAUUGCCAGAACAACGUCUCCUGCUAUCUUGCUAUCAGCUCCAGGCUCUGCACCAUACACCACAAGCUCCAUCAUCAGCUCCAGGCUGUGCGCCAUAGACAGCCUGUGCUCCACACAAAGCAAGAUCUCCCACCAAUCCAGCCUAUGUGACCUUCAUAGCCGGUCCCAAGCCCAGAAAGUUAAAUGAACGUACGAGAACGCUGCUUCCAGGGAGAUGUAGCUGUUGCCCUGGGCGACGUGAGGGUAGCUCGCUGCCGGAGUCCAGGCCGGAAUGAUUAAGAUGGCUUCUGGAAUGCUCGGAUGCACGCGUGUUGGGCAGGAGGAUCUGGGUGAUCUUUGGAGAUGAAAUUCCAGCGUCGUAGGAAGAUUUCUCCCUGUCAUUGCUGAGGUGCUGCCUUGCGGGGCUGCCGACGUGUCCUGCGUGUAAGGACACCUCUCUUGUGUUCACAUUUCGGGCUCUGCAUUGACCUUGGGAAAAAUACAAAUGUUAUU